AUGAUGGCGCCUCCUUCAGCCGAACAUGUCUUAGCUAGGUUACAGACACUUGGUGCUAAGCAGGACAUCACCAUCUUAAAGCUCAGUGAACCUAUAUCGGCUGCGGUCACACAUCUACAGGAUGCUCAUCAGCGAACAUCUGAUGUAUCUAAUUCAUCCCUUGAUGCAACUACACCAUCCUCUCUUGAAGCAGAUUUAACACACUACCGAGAGCUAUUCGCCAAGCUGCGAUUUAGUUAUGUAGAGCAAGUCUCCAAGGAGAAGUUCAUCCGAGCUAUCGUGGGCGAUCCACCUCUUAUUGUUAGCCCCCAAGAAAACUUGGAUCUUGAGAAGGAGAAUCUAGAGGCAAAGGCUACGUUAAAGGCCUUGAAAACUGAGGUCGCAUCCAUGGUCACCGAGCUUGAGGAGAAAGCGAGAGACCUCAGUCGAAAAUAUGAAAGAAUCAAGGUUGAGACGGUCAAGUUGGAAGAACUUCCGCGCAAGGUUGAAGAUCUCGAGAAUGUAGUUGCAGAGUUAAAGAAGACGCAGAAAACAGAAUCAAAUCCAAACCCUGAGCUGAAUCUGCCUCUAUCCAAGACCUUGGACCUGGUCGAGUCAAAAAAGCAGCGAAAAGCCGAACUGGACAGGCAAUUAGAACAACUGCAAAGCCAAGUCCCAAGGAAAAAGAAGGAACUAGAUCGAUUGCAAGCUGAGCUACAGCCCCUCGAGACAAAGAGGCAGAAUAGCAAGACUGCUGCAAAGGAGGCGCGGAGGCGGAAGGAAGCUGCCCUUGGUGGUGUUCAAGAUGACCUAGAGGAGCGGGGACGCUGGUUUAUAUCUGCAGAAACAGGUUUGAAACAAGUAUUGGAAAUAGAGAGCUGA